AUGGCUGAAAAAACUAAAAAGCUCAAAGCUCCAGUGAAACCUAAGAGGAGUUGGGCAAUCCCUAUUGUAUUAUCAUCACUAGCUACUGUCGGAGCUUCAUAUUAUGUCUAUUAUCUACUAAAUGCACCCCCUGAUAUGCCAAAAGUAAAUCUAGAAGCAUACUGGGGUCAGUAUCCUAUGAACCCAAAACCAGAUCAAUCUAUUAGACCAUUCAAAGUGGAGUUCUCUGAAGUGAUGAUUAAUGAGCUAAGAAAUCUUUUGCUCCAUCGCAGACCUUUUGCACCACCUCUUGAAGAUGUUGGCUUUUCCUAUGGAUUUAACUCGAAUUUCUUAACCAGAGUACUUGAUUACUGGCAAAACAAAUAUAAUUUUGCUGAUAGAGAGAAAUUUUUGAAUAAGUAUAAUCACUACAUUACAAAUAUACAAGGAUUGGAUAUACAUUAUGUCCAUGUAAGGCCAGAUGUGACACAAGAUGUUGAAGUAGUACCAUUACUUCUUCUACAUGGCUGGCCUGGUUCGUUCCGAGAGUUUUAUGAACUAAUUCCAGAGUUAGCACCCAAACAGGAGCACAAUUUUGCUCUAGAACUAAUCAUACCUAGCUUACCAGGUUUUGGAUUUUCUCAGGGACCAGCACGCACAGGCUUAGGGUCAUUGGAGAUGGCGGUAGUUAUGCGAAACUUAAUGGAGCGCAUUGGACACAAAAAGUAUUACAUACAAGGUGGCGACUUUGGCCACAUAAUAGGGUCGAUAAUGGCAACAGUUUUCCCUGAGAAUGUGCUGGGUUUCCAUUCUAACAUGCCAAUGGUGUUCUUCCAUCCAAUGGCAACAUUUUACACACUUUUAGGCUCAAUAAUGCCCAGCCUCAUAGUGGAACCAGAGAUUUAUGAUCGAAUCUACCCUCUUAGUAAACAGAUGUCAUUUUUGCUAGAAGAAACAGGCUAUUCACAUUUGCAGGCCACUAAACCAGACACCGUUGGUAUAGCCCUAACUGACUCACCAGCUGGACUAGCAGCAUAUAUCCUAGAAAAGUAUUCAACUUGGACAAAUCCUAGCAACAAAAGAGCUAGUGAUGGUAAUCUUCUAUCAAAUUUCCUGUUGACGCAUCUCUUGGAUAAUGUCAUGGUAUAUUGGGCUAGCAAUUCCAUAACUACCUCCAUUAGAUUUUAUGUUGAAGCUUUGGGUAGCAGGCAAAUGGGGUACAAGUUGGAUAGGAUACCAACAAAAGUACCCACAUGGGGCAUUAAAUUCAAAUAUGAAAUGUUCACACAACCAGACAUUAUAUUAAAGCUCAAAUAUCAAAACUACUUGCAUACAACAAUCGUAGAUGGAGGCGGCCAUUUUGCUGCCUUUGAAUCUCCGAAGAUAUUAGCCCAGGAUGUGUUGCAAGCUAUUAUUAUGUUUAGGGAAUUUUGGGGUGUCAGCAAAGAAAAUGUUCAAGACUUACCACAACCAGAACCCGACAUGGCUACAUCGGUACAUGAAUUUACUGUACGAGAUAUAUAUGGCAGAACUAUCAAACUAGACAAGUACAAAGGCUAUGUUCUGCUAAUAGUAAAUGUCGCAUCGCAGUGCGGCCUCACAGACAAAAACUAUGAACAACUCAAUGAAUUAUACAAUAAAUAUUCAAAAAGCAGAGAUUUCAGGAUACUAGCCUUCCCGUGUAAUCAAUUUAAUUCUCAGGAACCUGGCACUUCUAAGGACAUAAUAAAAUUUAUGAACAAAAGGAAUAUUGAAUUUGAUGUUUUCCAAAAGAUAGAAGUGAACGGUGAAAAUGCUCAUCCACUGUGGAAGUUCUUGAAGAGAGUUCAAAGUGGAACACUGGGUGAUUUUAUCAAGUGGAACUUUUCAAAGUUCAUCGUAGAUAAGAAUGGAAUUCCUGUAGAACGAUUUGGACCUAAUGUAGACCCGAUAGAUUUGGAGCCACAUUUGGGUAAAUACUGGUAA